AUGAGUAACAUAGUAGCAGUGAAUCUAGGCAUACCUGUCAUCAAACCAUUUUCAGGUAAUAACAGAGAGUAUGAUCCCAAAGAGUUUAUCCUGAAAAUGCAUCUUCAAUUAGAGUUGAGAGCUCUUCCGGAAGAUGUCAAAGCUUUGUUUGUUGCAACCUUUUUAGAAGGAAAAGCAUUAAGAUGGUAUGAAAGGUUGGACCUGAUUACUAGAAGAGAUAUCAAGUUGUUUGAGAAAGCAUACCUAGAAAGAUUUCCGUCUCACGUCCGACAAGAUACAAUAUUAGACUGUGCGAGAAAAUAUCAUAGUAUCCAUCAAACGACAACUGUCCAAUAUUAUAAUCAACAAUUUAGAGACAUAACUUACCAAUUGCCUGAUAAUGUGUACCUGCAACAAGGGCACUUGAUAAAAUACAUUUUGGGCUUAAAGAAGAUGAUAGGUUAUGAAGUCAGUCUAAGAAAUUGCAGUACAUUAGACGAAGCAAUGGACGUAGCAGCAAGCUUUGAAGCCGCUCGAGAUCUGAGAGAAAAAGUUUACUUUCGUAAACCAAAAAAGAAGGAAUAUCAAGAAACGUGGACAUUUGAGAAGGAUCUAAUUUGGACCCAGUUCUCUUACAAAAAUCUGUAA